UCCUAUAAUUGCAAGAUGUCUGAAACCGGUGGUGGCUCAAAGUCUUCAAGCAAUGCAGUUUCUUCUUCCAGAGCAAGGAAAAAUGCCCCUGGAAAUAGGACUGACAUGGGUUGGAAACAUGGGACAGAUGUUCUAGGCAAUGGAAAAAAGGUGAAGUGCAACUAUUGCACAAAAACUGUCAGUGGGGGGAUUUUUAGAUUUAAGCGUCACCUUGCUGGUACUAGAGAAGAUUCUGAACCAUGUGCAAUGGUACCGGAAGAAGUUAAAAUUCUAAUGAUGAAAAUUGUUGCGGAGGCUAAAGAGACAUCAAUGAGGAAAAAGAGAUUGGUUGAUAUUGAUGAGGAAGAUGACAUAGAGAAAGAGAUGGAGAUGAGGGCUUUGACAAAAGGAAAAGGAGUUGGUGGUUCUGGAGUUCAAAUAACAUUAAACCAAAUGAUGAAAAAAGACUACAAGGACCAAGUUGAUCAACAAGUUGCAAGGUAUUUUUACACAAGUGCCAUUCCCUUCAAUUCCAUUAAAAAUGUAGAGUUUAUAAAGAUGUGUGAGAUGAUUGGGAGAUAUGGAAUUGGUUAUAAACCCCCUUCUUAUCAUGAUGUGAGGGAGAAGCUUUUGAAACAAGCUGUGAUUGAAACUGAUUCAAUGCUUGAAGAGUUUAAGAAGGAAUGGAAGAGGACUGGUUGUUCAAUCAUGUCUGAUGGAUGGACAGAUAAGAAGAGGCGAUCAAUUUGUAACUUUUUGAUCAAUAGUCCUAAGGGGACAGUCUUCCUAUAUUCAUUAGACACAUCUGACAUCUCUAAAACAGCUGAUAAAGUUUUUAAAAUGUUGGAUGAUGUUGUCAAUUAUGUAGGAGAAGAGAAUGUUGUCCAAGUUGUGACAGACAAUGCUGCAAAUUACAAGGCAGCAGGUGAAAUGUUAAUGCAGACACGGAAGAAUUUGUAUUGGACUCCAUGUGCUGCUCACUGUAUUGAUUUGAUUUUUGAGGAUUUUGAGAAGAAGCUAAAGGUUCAUGAAGUGACUAUCAAGAAAGGAAGAAAGAUUACCACCUACAUAUACUCUAGAACAAUGCUCAUUAGCAUGUUGAAGAAGUUCACUAAGGGGAGGGACUUGGUUAGGCCUGGUAUAACUAGAUUUGCUACUGCUUAUUUAACUCUAUCUUGUCUCAAUGAUAAUAAAGCAUCAUUGAUGUGUAUGUUUAGUUCAAAUGAGUGGAAAUCAAGUAAGUUUUCCUCUACACCGGAGGGAAGAAAGGUGGAAGGCAUGGCUUUAGAUAGUCGUCUAUGGAAGAACAUAAUCAUAUGUCUCAAAGCCGUUGUUCCUCUUAUGACUGUCCUUCGCUUGGUGGAUUCUGAUGAAAAACCUGCCAUGGGUUUUAUAUAUGAUGGGAUGGAUUGUGCCAAGGAAAAGAUAAAAAUCAACUUCGGCAAUGUUAAGAAAAGUUAUGAACCUGUAUGGAAUAUUAUUGAUGAAAGGUGGGAUAAACAACUCCAUAGACCCUUACAUGCAGCUGCAUAUUACCUCAAUCCCCAUUUCCAUUAUGACCCUAAUUUUAGAGAUGAUGAUGUUGAGGUUAAACAAGGGUUAUACAAUUGUAUGACAAGGUUGGUGAGUGACUUGAAUGAGAGGAGCAAGAUUGGUACGCAACUUGCUGAAUUUCAUUAUGCUAGAGGGUUGUUUGGUCUUGAUACUGCAGUGGCUAGUAGGAAGAUUAUGCUUCCUGCAGAAUGGUGGGACUUCUAUGGGGAUGGAUGUCCAGAGUUAAAGAAGUUUGCAAUCCGUGUACUAAGCUUAACUUGUAGCUCUUCUGGAUGUGAGCGUAACUGGAGUUCAUUUGAAAUGGUUCAUACAAAGAGAAGAAAUCGCUUGCAUCAAAGGAAGAUGAAUGAUUUGGUUUAUGUGAUGUAUAACUUGAAGCUAAAGAGUAAACAAGUGAAAAGAAAUCUUGUUAUUCCUUUUGAUGAACUUCAUUCUGAUGAUGAGUGGAUAACUGAGGAAGGAGAUGCUAUUUUUAAUGGAGAGAAUGUCCAACCACCACUUAGGGAUGAAAAUGAAAAUGUGGAUGAUGGUGGAAAUGUUGAACUAGUUGGAGAUUCAACCAAUCCAACUUUAAAUGACCUUGAGGAUUUGGUCUUUGAUGAUGUGAAUAUUGAAGAACCCUUAUCAUCAAAUGAAGAGGAUGAGCUUGAAGAAAAUGAAGAUGAUGAUGAUGCACAUGCAUUUGUUGGAGGAUUGGACUUUGAUUGAUUAAUUUAGAUCUUGUUUUAUGUUUUUGAUUUGUGGACUUAUGUGUUUUCGACUUUUGGUUGUUUAUGUAUGGU